AUGAUUCCACCGUCACAGAUUCCAAAUGCUUCUACACGAUUCCACUUCUCCUCAAUUUCCCAAUGCAUAUCGCGAUUCAUCGCUUUCCACUUUGCGGCCACCACCCUUCUCUUCCUCCUCACCCCCGCCUCUGCCGAUAUAUCCUACUCCGACCGCUGCGGCGACGUCCUACCGGAUCAGCCCCUGCUUCCGGCCGACAAUGCCCCGCUCCUCAACCCUAGCUUCCUCUCUCUCCGCCACGUCCAUCUCGAUUGCAAAACAACUGACUGCAGGAGGGGAGUCCCCGCCUCCCUAACCUUCUCCUCCCACAAGGCGUACCGCACCGCCAACGAAGCUGUCUUCCAAAUUGAAGCUGUAUUGAGCCUCAACGGCGUCGGCCGCUCCCUCAAUUUCACCCGCCGCGGGCUGCGCCUUGUGCAUUUCCGCCCGCCGCGGAUUCCGUUGCCUCCGGGUAAUUCCUGGAAUUCCGUCACUUUUUCAUUGAAAGGGUUUUGGGAUUCGGUAUCGGGGAAGCUCUGUAUGGUCGGCUCUGGUUUCGGAAAGCUGAGGUACAACCAUGUCGUUUUGAAGCUUGAUUACUUGAAUUCCUCCAGUAUUUUCACUAGUUUGGUUAACGGAACUUUGGAGAGUGUGAAUGUGAACGACACAAGUGGUUUUAACCUCAAGCCCGUUUCGAUAUUGGGUGUCAAUUUGAGGAAUUAUAAGUACGAGUUGAUUGAUACACAGAGCCAAAGAAAUGUGUUUUCGAAGUUGGAUAAUUUGGCAAAUGUUUCUUUAGCAGUGAAGGAUUUGGGGCAGAAGGUGUGUGCCUAUGUUGUGUCUGCUGGAUUUGUUGAGCUGGAGUAUGAAAAGGACUGCAAAACUGGGAAUUGCAAUUUUCUUGGAAGAGCAAAUGGUGGUCUCCUGCCGAGUGUUAUGUACUUCAACGAAAUAGAGUGUUUGGGGGAUGGUAGAGUGAGGUUCUUGUUGGGGUUUGGGGAUAUGGGGCAUAAUGGAAAUGGGCUGCCCUUUGAACCAAAUGUGACUUUGGUUACGGAGGGGAGAUGGGAUUGGAAGAGAAAGAGGCUUAACAUGGUUGGUUGCCGUAUUUUUAGUGAUGGGGACGAGGGCUUUGUUGGGGAAUGUUUGAUCAGGGUAAGUUUGAGAUUUCCAGCUCGGUGGACUUUGAGGGAGCGGAGCCCUGUUGUUGGUGAGCUGUGGAGUACUAGGAGUGCCAAUGAGUCGGGUUAUUUUGGCAGAGUUACCUUGUCAAGUAUAAAGAAUAGGCAUAUCAGGGUGGCACGUCUGAGAUAUGAGUAUACAGAGAUUGAGAAGACGAGGAGAUGUUGUGCAAAUAAGACAAUGAUGCAUAAAGAGCUGGGGAGGAAGUACCCUAAUGCAUUAUCAUCUGAUAUGAGAUUUGACAUGGUUGCCAGAAAUCGGAGAGUGAAUGAUCUAUGGGGUUACUCUUCUCCACUUUAUGUAGCUAAUACACCCUAUCAGUUAUCUUCGGCCUUUGGAAGAGGAUCCCAACAAGAAAAGCAAAACAUUAGUGAUGCAAUUACUAACGUCAGCUAUGUACUGACUGUUGUAUCUUCUCGCUAUUUCAAGCUCAGCAAUGAACAUAUGCAAAUAAAAUCAUUUGAUAUUUCUGCUGAAGGGACAUAUGACUCCAAAAGGGGGCACCUUUGCAUGACUGGAUGCAUGCAUGUCGGGCCACCUAAAGCAAGAGUAGGGAGAAAUUCAUCAUUGGAUUGUGAGAUUCUGGUCGACAUACAGUAUGCUACGCUUAAUGCAAGAGCUGCAGGUGUUGUGAGGGGAACCAUUGAAAGCACGCGAGAAAAGUCUGACCAACUUUACUUUGAAACAUUUGAAAUAUUUUCACAUUCAGUUUAUGAUGGCCAAGCGAAAGAAUCCAUAUGGAGAAUGGAUCUGGAGAUCACAAUGGUUUUGAUUUCCAACACGCUUUCAUGCAUCUUCAUUGGUCUGCAACUAUUGCAUGUUAAGAGGCAUGCUGAUGUCCUGCCCUUCAUUUCUGUGGUAAUGCUUAUUGUGCUCACCUUAGGGCAUUUGAUCCCAUUGCUCUUGAAUUUUGAAGCUCUCUUCACAACGAGCCGCAACAAUAAGAAUGUUUACUUUGGUAGUGAUGGAUGGGUGGAAGUCCACGAGGUGUUGGUGAGGGUAAUAACGAUGAUAGCUUUCCUACUCGAAUUUCGUCUCCUCCAAAUGACCUGUUGCUUGGUUCGUCCACCUAUAAGAAAGUCGGUUUUGGGAAGACAAUCUGCUUGGGGCGACCUCAAAUCAUAUGCUGGUUUGAUGUUGGAUGGCUUCCUGCUCCCUCAGAUUCUGUUCAAUGUAUUCUCUGAUUCUAAGGAGAAGGCUCUUGCCCCAUCUUUCUACGUAGGAACUACAUUUGUUCGCUUACUGCCACAUGCGUAUGAUCUCUACAGGUCCCGUAGCUCUAAUUGGUCGUUGAGUUACAUAUACGCAAAUCCAAGAAUGGACUACUACUCGACUGCCUGGGAUAUUGUCAUAUCGGUUGGUGGUCUUGUAUUUGCUGUUAUAAUCUACUUGCAGCAGCGCUAUGGCGGCCAAUGCCUUGUACCAAAUCGAUCCACAUAUCAGAAAAUCCCUGUGGUUUCUGCAUAA